CUUGGUGUUACUUUACGUUUGCUCCACUGCUUCCAAGUUCAGCCAUAAAAUUAUAGUCCUGGUUUGGGAACAGCCAUUGUUAUAUCUGUACAUCCUUACCUUGCCUUCAUAUAUUAACGUUCCUACAAUUUAGGCACUAGCUUUCCAACGAGUCACAUAAUGUUAGAAGAUGAGUUCGCUGAGCUGGAUCUAAAUGAAAACUCAGAAAACAUCUUAAAUGUAUCGUUAAAUUCUGAGUCCUGUCUGCGAACUGGAUUUACACCUGAACGAAACGUUGCACAUGACUCAUCACCAGCUGACAUUAGAAAAGAUACUGAAAAUACUGUUUCCGAUGUCGCAUUUGUAAAAAUCACAAGCCCUGAAAAAGUUGGUGGAGGGAUUUCAUCAUACAUAGUAUAUCGUGUCAUUACCAAGUUUAAUGACAAGGAGUUUUCAGUCCUCAGACGGUUUUCUGAUUUCCUUGGGCUUCACGAGAGGUUGGUCUCGAAGUAUCUCUCUGAAGGAAUUAUCGUACCCCAUGCUCCUUCUAAAGAUAUGUUAGCUACAACUAAAGUUAAAAUAUCGAAGGACGCUUCUACAGAAAAUGAGUUUGUUGAACGUCGUCGGAUAGCUCUAGAACGAUUUCUAUCCCGAGUACUCUCACAUCCAGUUUUGCGUAUUGAUGAAUACGUUUGUGAGUUUAUUCAGCAUGAUGGAGAACUUCCACGUGCAACAAACACCCAACUGUUAUCCGGUGCUGCAGCGAUAAAAGCGAUGAAAAAUUUGGGUGGUGCGAUUGGAAAGCUUGCUUACAAAGUUGAUGACCCGGAAGAGAAUACUGCUGAGAAGUUCUUUUAUCAGAAAGCAGAUGAAUUAGAUAGUUGGGAAAAGCAACUUAAACGUCUUCACUCUUCACUUCUUAAUUUGGUAUCGGGAGACAAUGAUCUAGCAAGCGCUGAAGCUGGCUUGUCUCGUGCAGUUCUUCUCUUGGCUAAUAUAGAAGAAAACACUGGUUUAGCUCAAGCACUUCAUCAUUUGGCAGAAACAGAAGAACAUAUCGCUGAUUUACACGCUUUACAAGCAGAAGCGCAUACGUGCCAUUUACUGGAGUAUUCUCGUGAAUUAUUAGGCACGAUUCAGGCUUGCAAAGAUGUUUUGGGUGGACGUGUACGAAUCUAUCGUACAUGGAAAACUGCUGAAGCCAGUCUUCGUUCAAAACGUGAACAGAAAGUUCGAAUGGAAAUGUCAAGUAAAAAGGAUCAUAAAAAAAUGGCUGCCAUAACGACGGAGGUAGAAGAA